GACGGCGAUCCGCUGGAAAAAGUCAAAAACGGCGAAGAGGUGGAGGCCGGUGGGAGAGGGGACGGGCGAAGAGGGAGAGAACGCGAUGGAAGAUGGAAGGGGGCAGGGGCGACGGCAGUGGGUGAAGUGAACGUGUCGGACGUGAACGGGCGAACGGACCCGCCUCUGAAAAUUGUGAACGAGUCGGCGACGGUUUUGAGUGGGCGUCGUGCGGCGGGCAUGGCCGGCGUCGUCUUCUCGUGCCCUUGCUGCCUCCGGCUCAAGUUCAGCCCGGAGGAGAUCGAACAGCACUACAGGAGCCAGGAGAUCGACAAGAAGCUCGAGGAGGAGAAACAGAGCUUCAGGAGACAGGUGAAGCUGCUCCUGCUCGGGGCGGGCGAGAGCGGAAAGUCAACCUUCCUCAAGCAGAUGCGCAUCAUCCACGGGGUCAAGUUCGAGCCGGAGUCCGUGAGGGAGUACCAGCACAUCAUCUACCAGAACAUCGUCAAAGGGAUGAAAGUGCUCGUCGACGCGAGGGACAAACUGGGCAUCCCCUGGGAGCGGGCCUCGAACGCCGACGACGGCCGCCGGCUCCUCGGACACGACAACGGCACUCCUCUCGACGCCAGGCUCUUCCUCCAUUAUUCGCCCAUGCUCAACAACCUGUGGAAGGACUCCGGCAUCCGACGGGCCUUCGAAAGGCGGAGGGAGUUCCAGCUCAGCGACUCCGUACAGUAUUUCCUCGACGAACUGGAAAGGAUAUCCAAACCGGACUAUGUACCAACAAAUAAAGACAUCCUUCACGCUAGAAAAGCCACAAAGGGAAUCUCAGAGUUUACAAUUUCGAUAAACAACAUUCCAUUUCGAUUUGUGGAUGUCGGUGGGCAACGAUCGCAGCGGCAGAAGUGGUUCCAGUGUUUUGACUCUGUCACGUCGAUUAUUUUUUUAGUCUCAUCUUCCGAAUUUGACCAAGUCCUUGUUGAAGACAGGAAAACAAAUCGUCUUGAAGAAUCGAGAAACAUAUUCGACACGAUAGUCAACAACCUUGUGUUCCGAGGUGUUUCGAUAAUUCUUUUCCUAAACAAGACGGACCUGCUCGCCGAGAAGCUCAAAUCAGGAGAGACCAACAUCAGAUGGUACUUCCCAGAGUUCACGGGAGACGAGAAGAAACUGGCUGACGUCCAGGCGUUCCUCCUCGAGUACUUCCGCUCCGCAAAACGCGACCCAGAAAAGAGGCUGUUCUACCAUUUCACGACUGCAGUGGACACUGAAAACAUUAAAGUCGUAUUCAACGCAGUCAAGGACACGAUUCUUCAUAGAAAUCUAGAAUCUCUUAUGUUACAAUGAAAUCUCAAUUGUUUUUUUCCCUUCUUUUUUCAACAAUGUGUUUUGACUUAUUAAAAAAAAAGCUUUAAUAAUUUUUGUUUUGAAUCUAUUCUAUUUUUGUUUUAAGGUACAGUUUUCAAUAAUAUUUACAGUAAUAUUAGUUUUGACUUAAAUUGAAUCGUUAUGUUUAACUGUUUUGACAUCAAAAUGUUUAUUCACCUGUUGUUUUUUUUUUUUAAAUAUGCCAAAUCUGAAAUCUUCCCACAUCGUAAUUUUCAUUUCUGCUAAUAAAUACGUUUCCCUUCUCAGAAGUGUGCAAAGACUGUAAGACAUGAAAUAAAUCAUCGUAAUUAAAUGUGCCUUAAUGGUGAAAGUCUGUGCCUAUGGUUGAUUAUCGGUUGUAUUUGUGUCUAUGGAAAUAUAGAUACAGAAUUUAUUUAUGUAAAUAACCUAUGUAAAGUUGUACAUAUUUAAUGGAGAAAAAAAUCAGGAUACAGUUUGUAC